AUGGUCGCACAGGACAUGGAGAACCAUGUUUAUCCCAUUGACUUUUGUGUCAUUGACAAGAAGAAUGGUGCAUCUUGGAUGUUCUUAUUUGAAAAGCUGAAGUCUAUAGUGGUCGAUGGGCUAGAUUUAUGCUUUAUCUCCGAUAGGCACAAGAGCAUUGCAAACGACAUUGUGAGAGCUUACAACUAUCCUCAUCACGGGUACUGCAUGAGGCACCUAGGUGAAAAUCUCCGCGUAAAUCACCAAUGUGGAGAUUACCUCUAUCUAUUCUACCAUGCGGCAAAGUCAUAUUUAUUUGAGGUAUUUAGCAAUCAUUUUGAGGAAUUCAAGAUCUAUUAUCUCGAGGCAUCCUUUUUACUCGAGUAUGAACUUGGUUUUGACAAGUGGAGCAAGGCACAUUUCCCUAGAAAUAAGUAUGAUGUGAUGACCAUAAAUAUUAUCGAGUUGAUCAACGCUAUAUUGAUAGCCAAAAGAGAGUAUCCCAUGACAUUCAUAUUCAAUUCGAUUCCUAAGAGGUUUGGUGAGAAAUUCAGGGAGAGACGUGCAUAUGUCCUCAAUUAUAAGGAUAACAAAUUUGUGCCUGCUGCCAAAAAGAUUGCAAGGGAUAAUAUGAGCGAGGGCAACUCAUUUUAUGUGGAGAACAUAAAUGGGGACGACAAUCAAUUCACCGUGUUCAGCUGGGUCCUACGACCAAAGUCAACCUAA